GUCACAUUAGGGCAGCACCGCACCAACUCAAUAGCAUCUCUUCCCCACGACACUGCUUUGUAACGAGUCGUUUCAGCGGUGCCGGUCGGCCCUGUAUGGCCCCAUCGAUAUCCAUGUCCGCUCUGGCUGCUGGUUUGAAGGCUGAAGAUAUUUCUCCCCGCUCGGUUCUCAUCAGCAGAGGCGAAAUGCAGACCAGCUUGAGUCCCACGGGGGAGACCGGGAAGCCAAAAGUCCCUAUUCUGCCCUUCAGCGUAGAGGCGCUGAUGGCUGACAGGAAACCCAGCAAAGAGGUGCAAUCGCCGGAUCCUGCUUCUGUAGCCGGGACGUCCCAAGUGCUGGGAAAGGGGGCGCGGAUGGGAUCUUUUGGUAGCCUGGAUACACCAGUCUCGACUUUACCUAUGAGCUCUACAUUUUCAGUGGGCGAGAUCAUGAACAUGCCCGAAGACGUGCUGAUUAAACCCGAGAGCCCGGACAGUAAAGACAGGACUUCGUGGAUACAGAGUCCACGCUUUUCUCCCACAUCUCCAAGAAGGCUGAGUCCUCCUGCCUGUCCACUGCGAAAACACAAGACGAACAGAAAGCCCCGGACCCCCUUCACCACAUCCCAGCUGCUCGCCCUAGAGAGGAAGUUCCGCCAGAAGCAGUACCUUUCUAUCGCCGAGCGCGCAGAGUUCUCCAGUUCUCUCAACCUGACGGAGACCCAGGUUAAAAUCUGGUUUCAGAACAGAAGAGCUAAGGCCAAACGCCUGCAAGAGGCAGAACUUGAAAAACUGAAAAUGGCAGCAAAGCCUAUGCUGCCUCCGGCUUUCGGGAUUUCCUUUCCUCUCGGUACGCACGUCCCCGCGUCCUAUGCAGGGUCGCAUCCGUUCCAGAGGCACUCGCUGCCGGUUUCUCCGGUUGGACUGUACGCCGCUCACGUCGGAUACAGUAUGUAUCACCUCGCUUGACAAGGACUGAGGACGAGGGCAGCGAGCAGCGGGACGCAAAAGGGGGGGUUAAGGAUGUUUUGUGAGGGCCCCUAUUGAAAGGGGACCCCUUUGGACCAGUGAGGUGACACUGCACCACAUAAAGAAGCAUCCUGGUGCCGAGGUCAGUGUCACACCUUGUCAGGUGAGG